GGGUUCCAUGUUUGUAGCAGAAAUUUGUGAAGAGGAAACUCCAUGUUGUAACAAAGUUUCCUCCGCGGGCGUCUUUUUCUCUCUCCCCCUUUUUUGUUUUUUUCUCUCUUCCCCCCCCCCGUUUCCCCCUCCCCCUUUUUUCCUUUUUCUUGGGGGGGGCAAUUUCCCCCCCCCUCCCCGCCGCCCGGGCCGCCCCCGAAGUAACUCCUGGAGGCUCGGAGCGCGGCGGGAGGAGCCGGCGGAGGAGGGACCCCCCCAGCCAACCCUUCUGGUCUAAUGGACAGUCAGUCCAUCAUCACCCAGGUUAGCAAGGAAGAGGUGAACACCCCUCUGCAGGAGAAAGGUGCUCCCAGGCCAUCGCCGUCCAAGAAGCCCCGGAACCGCAGCAUCUUCCAGUCCCUCUUCUGCUGCCUCUGCCAUGAGGCCUCGGACCCCGUCCCGGUCAACAACAACGCCCCGCUGCUGGUGGAGGAGAACGGCGUCGUGCCCAAGGCCGCUGUCAAGUACCUCCUGCCCGAGAUCAAACCCCAGGACGCCAGCAAGCUGUGCGUGGUCAUCGACCUGGACGAGACUCUGGUGCACAGCUCCUUCAAGCCUGUGAACAACGCCGACUUCAUCAUCCCUGUUGAGAUUGACGGCAUCAUGCACCAGGUGUACGUGCUGAAACGCCCGUACGUGGACGAGUUCCUGCAACGCAUGGGCGAGCUCUUCGAGUGCGUGCUCUUCACCGCCAGCCUGGCCAAGUACGCGGAUCCCGUGGCCGACCUGCUGGACAAGUGGGGAGCUUUCCGGGCCCGCCUCUUCCGCGAGUCCUGCGUCUUCCACCGCGGCAACUACGUCAAGGAUCUGAGCCGUCUGGGCCGGGACCUGAGCCGCAUCCUCAUCGUGGACAACUCCCCCGCCUCCUACGUCUUCCACCCCGACAACGCGGUGCCGGUGGCGUCGUGGUUCGAUAACAUGGCCGACACAGAGCUCCUGGACCUGCUGCCUUUCUUCGAGAGACUCAGCAAAGUGGACGACGUUUACACAGUGCUAAAGCAGCACCGGACUAGCAGCUAGUGACCUGGGGCCGGGCGAGAUGCCAGCCUGGCGGGAUUCCCCACCCCUCCUCCGGCCGGCCGCCCCACUGAUCUACCCACAAGCCCCAGCGCCAGCCUGCAGCUUCUCUGGGGCGCGGAACGGAGGCGGUGGCAGGCGGCGGAGGGGCCGGGCGGGGAGCCCCGCGUGGGGCUCACACCCGCCGGGCAUGGGGGAGACGCCCGGCUGCAUCACUCGAAACCAGCCUCAAACCUGGACCUUUGUCGUCACGUAACGGUUCUUCUCCUGUAAACUGGGGAGGGCCAGAGGGCAACAGAACCACGGCCCGGUCCCCCCUGAUUGGCCUGGGGGUCAGAACCACGGCCCAGUCCCUCCUGGUUGGCCUGGGGGGUCAGAACCACGGCCCGGUCCCCCCUGAUUGGCCUGGGGGUCAGAACCACGGCCCAGUCCCUCCUGGUUGGCCUGGGGGGUCAGAACCACGGCCCAGUCCCCUCUGAUUGGCCUGGGGGGUCAGAACCACGGCCCAGUCUCCCCUGGUUGGGCUGGGGGGUCAGAACCACGGCCCAGUCCCCCCUGAUUGGGCUGGGGGGUCAGAACCACAGCCCAGUCCCCCCUGAUUGGGCUGGGGGGUCAGAACCACGGCCCGGUCCCCUCUGAUUGGGCUGGGGGGGUCAGAACCACGGCCCAGUCCCCCCUGGUUGGGCUGGGGGGUCAGAACCACGGUCCAGGCCCCCCUGAUUGGGCUGGGGGGGCUCAGGACCGUGGCCCAGUCCCCCCUGAUUGGGCUGGGGGGGCUCAGGACCACAGCCUGGUCUGCUCUGAUUGAGCCAGAGGGUUUCAGGACCUCAGCCCGGUCCCCUCAGCUGGGCCAGGGGGUUUCACAGAACCGCGCCCCAGCCCCAUCUCGCUUGCCGUGGAGGUGGGAGAGGCAGGUGGGGUUGGUUCCAGGAACGCAGUCCAGAGGUACUUAGCCAUGGGGGACAGAGACCCCAUCACCCCCCGAGUGCAGGGUGCAAAGUGCCCCCAGGAGGUGGGGGAGGGGGCAUUUUUGCCUGCUUUGCCUGGAUGGGAAUGACUCCAGUGGGCGAAGGGAAUUUGGGGGACCUGUGACCCACACGACAGCUGGGUCCUAGAUCCUGCCCCCUCCAGAAGGCCCUGGGUUCCUGUUACCCACUGGCGGGGUGCGGGCCCCUUUCCAGGGGAAUCCUGCAGGGAAGGGGGGGCAGGAGGGUCAGUGCCAAGUGCUGGGGCCUGCAGGGGUGUUGGUUGUGUGAGGGUGGGCGCUGAGCAGAGGGGGAUCGGUUCCCCCAGCAGGGCUGAGAGCGGAAGGACGUGGGGAGAGAUGGGGGGAGGAAGGUGCCCUAGAGGAGCCGGAGGGACUCACAGAGACUGUGGGCUAGCGGAAAGGAGGCGGGGCUAGUGGAAAGGAGGCGGGGCUAGCGGAAAGGAGGCGGAGGGUCUGAGCUGAGAGGAGCUGCUGGAGUAGCCCAGGGGUCCUGGGGAGGAGGGUAGCUUGGCCCCCCAGGCUCCAGGCACAAGGGAUGGGCACUAAGGCGAGAUUUCCUGGGCAGCUGUUAACCCUUUCCCUGCUGGUUAUAUGGCGGGUGCCCCCCCGCCAAACGGUUCUUACUUCCCCAUCUCCUCUGGGCCUCACAGGGAAAUCAGAUUUCUAGGUGCCUUGGGACUGGGGCCCAUUGACCUCUUGGCUUAUGCAAAUGUUGCCUUUCCCUGCAGUGCAUUGUGGGGCUUUAACCCCUCUCCCCCGAGGAACUGCCAUGUGGCUGUCAGAAGCCAUCAAGGCGCCCCCGUGCUGUGGUUGGAUAGAGCAGGCAGUGAGCUGGGCCAUUGGGUUGAGCCCACCUCAGCCCUGGACAGGAUGGAGGGGGGCGGUGGGAUCGCCCCAGGGGAGUCUUGGCUGGCCAUGGCAGGCAGCAGCUCUCCUGUCUGAGGGGCUGGGCCUGCCGGCCUGUGAGCUCCCUGGUGGCCAGGGGCUGCUGCAUUCCCAGCAGAUGAGGUGGGAGGCUGCAGUGACACCAGCGAAGAGCAACUCCAUGGGCCUGAUUUAGAGAGAGACCACCUGUGCCUGGAAGGAUGCCCCUGUCCCCUUAACUCUGCCCUUCCCCAGGGAGCCAGGCCUGCAGGAGUCACACCCGCGGAAACAAGCAACGUCUCUGACUGCAGCUGUGGGCAGGGGGCUCCUUCCUCUGGGAUCGUGUCUGUCUCUUCUUUAGUGCCUUCAGCCCUCCCUGCCACUCUCCAAACGGUUGUGGGGGGCAGAUUCCUUGGCCUUGGGGCUGGCUCAAACCUCUGCCUUCUCAGUGUUUAGAUCCCUAAAUGCCCCCAAACCAAUCCCUGCCUGCUGGGGGGCGUCCUGUAGAGACUGUGCCUUGGGACACCGUGUCCCGCCCACCCCCUACCCCCUAACCUCUGGGGGGCCAAGGGGCUGAUAAAUUGCACUCCCAAGGAAACCUUGGAUUUGCUCACCGCUGCACUGAGGUUAGUGGUGCUAGCCCCACCCCCCGUAAGUGGGGCAGUGGGUUGGUUCAAUGGCUGUUCUGAUGGGGACAGGGGUCUCCCUCCUCCCCCUGCAACCAAACUGCUCCCCGCCUCCCAAAGCUUCAGCUCUUACUUUGGGUUCAGGGGAGCAAGGAUUUGGACUGGGGCAGAGGGAGACUCUUCCCCCCUGAACCGAUUGCCCCAGGGCUGCAUUCAGGUUCAUUGGAGACCUGCUUUGCAUUCCCCUCCCCCAGGCUCCCCACAAGACCCCCUUGUGCCCCACACCGCUAGGGGGUGCCGUCCAGAGAUAGCGCCCCCUUUCUAUGGCCUUAACUGUUUUGUAUGCGAGUUGUUCUCGGCUGUGCCUUGCGGCGGUGGCCGUCCACACGACGCUGCUGCUGAUCUCUUUCGCCUUAGCUUGGGGAAUGUCCCUCAGGGAGAGGUCUCGGGGGGUGGGGGGCAAGGGCAGGGGGAGUCAUGUAUUUUAACCGGGCACAUUUAGCUCAUAUAAAUAUGUAUCAUGUGUAUAUAUAUUUUUAGGGAAAGCAACGGCGACACAAGUCACCAGAGGAUUUUUACAGCUUGUAUUUUUAACGAUGUUCCUGGGAGAUGGUUAUUUUUCUGGGCGGGGUCGUUCCUCGUGUAAAGAAGCAGGGAGGGAUUUGGGGAGGGGGGUGGGUAUUUUGUCUGCCGGAUGAUGUCUGUAUUGGAUGCACGCAACCCUUCUCCAAAUGCCUGCCCGUCCCCCCAAGCCCCAGGGGGUGCCCAGGGCCUGAGAUCCAACUGCCUCCGUCUUACAGUGCUGGGUUUUCAAGGAAAGUUUUAGCUCUUUAAAAUCUGGGCCCUUUGUGUGGUUUGGUGGUUUUCCUCCCUGCUUUUAUAACCGCCAGGUGAAAAAAACUGGGGUUUGUGUGUCAAUUUCACACCUCCAAAUUUGUCCGUUCCCCAUACACAUCUAUCAAUCUAUCCCUAUACACCCCCUCUAUCUAUCUGUCCUCAUACACCCCGUCUAUCUAUCCAUCCAUCCAUCCACAUACACCCCUUCUAUCUAUUGAUCUAUUUAUCCAUCCAUCCCCAGUCACCUCUUCUAUCUAUCUGUCUGUCUAUCCAUACACCUGUUCUAUCUAUCUAUUGAUCCAUGCACCCCUUCUAUCAAUCCAUACACCCCUUCUAUCUAUCUAGAUAUCUAUCCAUACACCCCUUCUAUCCAUCUAUCCAUCCCCAUACACCCCUUCUAUCUAUCGAUCCAUACACCCCAUCUAUCUGUCUGUCUAUCCAUACACCCCUUCUAUUUAUCUAUCGAUCCAUACAUCCCUUCUAUCUAAUCUAUCUAUCUAUCUAUCUAAAUUAGCCAAAACCUGGUAUUUCUGUCCUAUGGGAAAUUCAGAGAUUUUUGAAAUUUCGUUUCUUCCAAAAUCAGGGCGAAGAGUUGAGAUCUCAGACGUUGUCACAAACCAAAGUGUUUAGACCGAUUUCGUUUUGACUGUAUGGGAACAUUUCAUUUCCAUAGGGUCGAAAUGUUUCGUUCAGCGUCUCAGACACGGUUCUAAAUGGACUGUUUGGCUAAUUUCCCAUCAACAGCUGGGGUGAACUUGAUAUGUCCCCUUGGUGGAGAGAGCUGAACCCACUCCAGUGGGGGGCACUACAGAGCCAUCGGCGCCUCUGCAGCACCCCCACCGGGGCAGCAUGAAUUCUGCUUCCCUUCGCUGCGGGAUUCCCCCUUUAGGGCCGCGGCCUCUGCCCGGUGCCCGAGUCUGACGCCCACCAGCUUGGCCUGAGCAUCUCGAUCUGGCUUUGUCUCUGUCCCCGUGGAGCUGUCGGCGCCCAAUCCUGCUCCCUUGGCGGGCCUGGGCCUGACUGGCUGUAUUGUAAAGCCCAGCACUUCCCUGGAUCGGGAAAAAGCUAUCCGUGGCCCUGUUGUGUUGAUUGCCUGGGUUGGUUUCAUGCCACUGAGGUGCCACCCUGCUACCACUGCCCCCUGCUGGGCACCCCCUGCUUUGGCAGGGCAGGGGCAGUUUUGUUUGGUGACUGCCAGGAUGUGGGGAACGCCCCGGCACUGGCGUUUGGAGAAAGGGCUGCGGGCUGCGGCUGCUCGUGUCUUCACUGUGUAUCUGUUGGGUAAAGAGACAACCCAUGAGCGAAUCGCAGCUAUGGGAGAGAGAGAAAAAACCCCGAUCAAAGUGCCUUUUGUGUGAUUAAACUGUAAAAUAAUCUUUAAAGGAAAAAAAAAAUACUGUGAGAACCA